AUGUCGGCGGGUAGCGUUCGCCGCACAUGGCUGCAUGGCGGCCUAACAAUAGGGCGCAUUCGACAUGUCCGUGAAUCUGCGUGCAUGCAUCUCGUACAGACAGCAACAACACAGAUACACACUAUUCAUACAUCAUCAUCACGAGCAGCCGCAUUCAAGAUGCCAACCACUAAUGAGCUAGCAAAGAAACUCAAGGCUCUCCAUGUCCCGUCGAAGCCCCUAAUCCUGCCCAACAUUUGGGACACCGCAUCACUGUACACGCUUCUUUCACUCAACAGCGCCGAAGCACAGCCCGUCAAAGCCGUUGCUACCGCCUCAUUCGCUAUUGCAGCUGCCAGAAACUUGAAGGAUGAAGAUCUGAGCCUAGAGCAGAACCUUGAAACCGUCCGGCUAAUUGCGCCCAUCUGCGCACAGGCCGAAAUCCCCCUCACAACCGACUUGCAGGACGGCUACGGCGACCAGAUUGCUAGUGUCGUCACCGCUGCUGUCCAAGCAGGCGCAUCUGGUGCCAAUAUCGAGGAUAGCAUCCCUUCGGCCGGCUUUGGCAACGGCAUCUCAGGCUCGCUGUACGACAAGGAUGAGCAGGUUAAGCGACUCAAGAUUGCUCUCCAGGCGGCUAGCGAUGCGGACUGCCCCGACUUUGUCCUCAAUGCCCGUUGCGAUGUCUUCAAGCUUGAUGAGACGCCUGGGUUGACAAAUAAUAUACGCAUGGCAGAAGCCAUCGACCGCGGAAAAGCGUAUCUCCAAGCUGGUGCGACGACCGUCUUCUACUGGGCGGGAGGUGUUCGGGGCCUGCGCACAGCUGAGGUUGAACGUCUUGUCAAGGAGUUGGAUGGCAGAGUCGCUGUUUUGCUUUGGCGCUCAUCUGUUGGUCAUUCUACUGAAGAACUGGCCAAGAUUGGAGUUGCUCGCAUUAGCAUCGGCCCGAGCUUGUAUCUCUUUGCUAUGGAUAGCGUUAAGACUGCCGCCUUGCGAAUUCUUCAAGGUGGAAGCAUAAUGGCAUAG